AUGCUAGCCUCCCUCCUCCGCCUCGUCCUCACUGCCAUCCCGGCUACCCCGCUCGCACUCCUUCCGCUCCUCACGCUCCCCGCUGCGCUCGGCGCCGCGCUGCCCAUCCUUGGCUUCAUCCUUUUAUCCCCGUUCUGGUCCCUCAUUGGCGUCGCUACCGUGGUCAAAUCGGCCACAGGCCUCACGCCGCUCCGCCGGAGCUGCCGGCUCCUCUCUGGCGCCUGCCUCGCAACCCUCUCCUCGUUCCUAGUCUUUGCUGCUGGGAUUGGGGUCACGCUAUGGGGCUUCGGCGGUGUGGCUGCCGAGACGUACGACGCUGGGGCUAGGUGGGCUGGGAUGGCGCCCGUGGUGGUCAAGGCGGUGGCUGGCACAGCGUUGCUGGCCGUGAUGAUGCUGUACGGGAUGGUGGCCAACGUUGUGCUCUACAUGCACUGCCGCGCGAUGCACGGAGAGCUCGUAGGGGAGAUCUACAAUGAGUUCGCCAACAUGUAUGUCUUCCUGCCAUGCAAGCAAUCAAGGUUUUGGCCUGGCGUGCAUUUCAGUUCUGUGCAUAAGUGUGUAAUUGUGAUGGGAUGUUCGGAAGAUGUUGACUACUAUUAG